AUGAGCGAAACUUAUCAAGUUCACUUUAAAAUUCUCGGAAAUCCUAAUAUAGAAACGCUUGACCUCCCAUCAGAUUGUGGAUUGGAUACUGUUAAAACAUUAGUUUCUGAUUUUUGUCAAAUUCCAAUUGAAGAUAUGAGAAUUCUUUUCAAAGGACGCGCAUUCAGGCCAGCCGACACAUUGCAAUCGCUUGGAGUUAAAAAUGAUGACACUCUCAUUGUAGUUCCAAAUAGAAAGAACAAUCCACCACCAGCUUCUGACCCUCCAGCUGCCCCAAUUCCACCUGCACCAGCUGCACCUCAACAAACACAGCAAAAUACACAACCAACAGCACCAGCACCUCCACCACAGCAGCAAGAAAACAGAAACCAAGCCGCACAGACAGAAUCUCAACAGACAAGAGAUCUUAGAAAGCAAUUAGCUCAAAUUCAGAAAGUCAUUGCAUCAGUAAAUACGUCAAUUGUUGAAUUGCAAUCAAAAUUAACAGAUCAAAAUAUAAAUCAAAUUAAUGACGAUAUCACAAACCUCAAAGCUAAAAUAGAUACAUCUGUUCAUUCAUUACAAGAACUAUCAUCCGGUUUAUCAGUAAAUCAACCACAAAAUGCUCCACAAGCCCCACAAACACAAACAACAAAUCCAGACGUAGAAGAGUUCGUUCCGAGAAGAGAAGCACCAGCAAAUAAUGGCAGACCACAAAUGCCUCCAAUUCAAAAUAUUUUGGGUUCAUUAUUCGGAGGAAACAGAGCAGCUAAUAAUGCUCAAGCUCCUCAAGCCCAACAAGAUGCAAAUACUACAGAAUUAUUGUUCACUCCUGAACAAAACGCGAUUAUUAGUGCAGAUGUAGCGAAAAUUAACCAGGAAGGAUAUAUUAGAUGCACCCAUGAGACAUAUAGAGCAACGUAUAUUUAUUCUCAAACAUCCGAUCUUUAG